AUGCACACGGAGCAGUCAUACGGGAUGAAGGGCCAGCUGGACGGAAGGGGCACCAAGUCUUUCGGCGGCGAAGCCAAGAAGCUUAACACCAAGGGAACCAAUAAAAAUGCAGAUGCGCAUUUCAAUGCGUCAAACGGGGGCCCAAAUGACGAAGUGGUUAAAGUUUUCCCAUUAGGGGAAGGCACACCUCACGGUGAAAUGGAAAAGGGUAGGGAUCAGGCCAGCUCAUCCAUACACAAUGACCAUUUUGUGGACAUGCUGCAACACCCCGAAUGGGAUGUAAUGUACACACGCAGCAAAACGGAAAAUAACUACUACAAAAAAAAUGUCUUAAACAAUGACGAGUCAGUGCUCACGAAGAAAAAGUCGCUUCCUCUUUCGUUUAGCCACAAAUCAAAUUACGUAAACAAGGGAAAAAAUGGGAAGGUCAAUGAGGCCAGUUUUAUGCGUAUAAACAGGGGGGGUAGCAAGACAUUGCAACGUGGGGGAAGUGAAAGUAUGUAUAAAUGUUUCCCUUUAGGGGACUCAAAAAAGGGGAAAAGCGAGACCGAGGGUCACGUAGGUGUGUUCACAGCGAAAGGUUGGCCAAAUGGGCGAGACGAACCAAGCUGGCAUGGUGACACAGACGAGUUCGAUGAACUAAACGAGAAGGGCGAUCAGAAUGAGCAAGACGACGAAAGCGAGCAGGCCGCACAAAACUUUCAAAACGCACAACCUGAUCUUGCGGUAAAAAAAGAAGAAAGCGCAACAAAUGAUCGUGUGGCAGAAAAAAAAAAGUGCACACAGGAGAGGCAACUGCAUGGCCACGACUUGAAAAAAAAAAAAAAAAAAAGUGAACAAGUCUCGAGUGGGGUGAGCAAAUUUUGCACAGGAAAGGAGUUGAACGCAGGAAGCGCAAGGGGGAGGGAAGCGGGAAAACAAAAAGAACAAAAAGGACAAAAGGUACAAAAAGGACAAACGGAACAAAACGAACAAAACGAACAAAACGCCGUAAAAAAAUUCGCGCCAGCGAACAUAAACGAUGAAUUGAGUGUACUAGAAUUGAGAAAGGAGAAAAAUCGCGAAAUUAAAACAAAAUUUGAAAAAAUCUCCCUAAACUCACAAGGGAAAAACCAUACAUUUGGAAAGCUAAGCGGUAAGCAGAAAUAUUUUAACCCCCCGGGGGAGAAGAAAUAUUCAGAUGGCUCACAAAAGGAGUCUUCUGAGGAACAAAUUAUGAUUCAAAAAAUCUUCAUACAACAAAGUGACACAGACGAUAUCGUUCAGAAAAAGGUGAAUUCCAUAGAGCACAUUUUGGAGGAAACCGAAAGGAAAAAUAUGAAUAAUUCACUUAAAAGGAUUAGUAGCUUCAAAACGGGGAAAGAGAGAGAAAUUGAAAAUGCCACCACGGGUCAGAGUGUCGGGGGAGCAACCAUUGAGGGGCAACAACUGCGCAUGCAACAAUUUGGGACGACUUCCUUCAGUACAUUCAGCUCGUUGGAAGAACAACCGGGGGAAGAGCCAGACAUAGGAAGUGCGAAUAAGGUUGGCCUUCUCAGAAAAAACAGAAACAAGCAAAGUAGCGGUGUGCUUUACGACCACAUGGAGGAGAAGAAGGAUGGAGAGAAUACCCCCAUUUCGCGUGCAAUCGCAGAUGAAGCCCAAAAAGAGGUGAAAAAAAAAAUUAACAAAAUGGAAAGUUACCACACCCAGUCGAGCGAACAUUGCCAUGCCGACCAUGUAGAAGGUAUUAACAAAUCGGGAGGAACGUCCUCCGACUCGUCAGACGAAUUAGCAGAUAUAAAAAUAUACGACGACUCCGAAAUGGAGGAAGCCAAGGAGAGCGAAUUGGAGCCCUUCUGGCUUAACAGAGAAGUAUCAUCUCUUCUGAAUAAAUCGAAGCUCUAUUCUGCUAAAUAUUCAGACCAGUUCCAUUCGAGCGCGGCUGGGCUGAGCGGUGGAAAUUACAUCAAUGGGUCGCCACUCCCAACAAGCGAAGAAUAUUCACCAGGAGGAACAACGAGGCGGAAAAUAAUUUCACCCAAAAUGAAAAGGUACGAAAGUGAUAUCAUCUCUCCUGUAAAAGUGAAGGCAAUCAAUUUUGAGAAGCGAAACACGGCCGAUAACAUAGGGAUGAAGGAAAGGUUCUUUAUCUUGGAAGAGCAUGACGAAGGGGGGACGUCUAGGACGUCUAACCAGAGAGAAAAGGAAGGUGCUCCGAUUGGAAAGUACACUCUUAGGAGAAACGGAACUAUGAACGAUAUAGAAAAGAAAGAGAGCAUGGAAGACAUGGGUAAAAAGGUAGAUGCCAUAAAAAAGAAGCUAGCCCUCAUUAAUGACACCGACGUGGAUCGCAUCCACUUUGAACAUUUCGAUAUGUACCAAAUCGAUUUUGAUAAAUUGGGGCUCAAGGUGGACAACUUGGAAAAGGAGGAAAAGUACAUUUUGAUGCUCUACAUGUCGGAAAAAAAAUUGGAGUACCUCCGGGGCGAAAGAGGGGCACACAAAAUGGUGCACGUCAGUUCGAAGGCAGUUCCAUCGAAUUGUGGCAAAAGGGUGGACGAUGAGAAGUCAGCACCGGUGAGGAAGUCACCGAGUGGGGUUAGAAGCGGUGUAAGUAUGGGAAGCGGUGGAAGCGCCGGAAGUGAGUGUGGGUUUCUCCAGCUGGGGCUCUUCGUCGAGCUGUACCACAGGCUGGCCAAGCAGCAGAGCGUGGCGUCGAAGGGGGGGGACAAGAAGCAGCCGAGCCAGCCCAGCCACCCCCCUGCCCACAACGAGAAGGUCCUCCUAAAAAAGGUGCUAGCAAAUUUCAUACACCUAUUUCUCGAAGAUGAGUGCCUCGACAAGCUGGUAAAAAACUACGAAGAUAUGAAGCAAGCCAGGGGGAAGGAAGACGUCGAACGGGAAAAUUCGAAGUGUUUACACUUCAUCUGUAGUAGCCUGUUGCAGGACAUUUCUAGCUGCCAUUCGUGUGGAGAGGGAAACCCCCUGGAGGCAAACACCUCCGAAGUGUUUUACAAAAUAGCAAAAGAAAUAGGAAGCAAAUUUCUAUGCAACGAUAAAGUAAUGGGGAAAAUCAAGCAGGUGCAAAUUAUUAAUAACAUGCUAAGAGAGGAAGUUAAAACCUACUCCAUCAAAGUUGCAUGCAUGGAUAAAUUUUUAGACAUAGAACCGCACUUCAUUGAGGAAGCUGAGAAAGUGGUGCUUGGAAAAGACAUCGGGUUCUUCCAAAUGAAUACGCUAAAUAGGAACUAUUCUUACAACUAUCAUACCCAUGAAAGGAAAAUAAAGGUGCUGCAGCAAAAUAGCAACCCCCUUUGGAAUUUUUUUUAUGGCUAUUUUAACGACAUUUACAAUUGGUAUAGUGAAAGGACUGAAGGGGAUUUUGCACCCCAGGGGCAGGUAGAAAAUGCAGAACUGAAUAAAGACAUGACUUCUUCCAAAAGGGUCUCCAGGAAUUUUAUCAAAUAUAAGGGUGAGUCUACCAGGGUGGAGGAGGAUCCUCUCGGAAAGGAUCACAAAGGGGUGGAUGCUGAGCAGGUGCCUCCCCAUCAUAAUGGAACAGAUCCCACUUCGAAUAAAAUGGUACCCCCUCCUCCAAUAGAGGGGAAGAGUGAUACAGAAAGGAAUCAAUCACAUCCGGGGAGCACUUCCCCACAUGUAGUGGAAGACGAACAAACCGAGCAGCAGAAGGAUCUAAACGAAAACAAGACAGAUGCUGAAAUGGAAUCAUUUAACAUUAUCCAAAAGAAGAAGUAUCUAGCCAAUGUAAACUCAGUGGAAGGAACAAUUCUGAGCAAUUCCACCAAAAUUGGAGAAUGCCCUCUAGAAAGUAACUCCUCAAGUGUUGAUAAUUUAAUUUCUGCGGAUUAUAACAACUUAGGAAAUAGCAGGGGCAUUGAUGAUUUGGACCCUCUCGAGGGGGACCUCCUCCACGUUGUAGAGAAUGGUGCGGCACCGGGUGGAGAGAGUGUAGAUGACGCUUGGGGGAGUCAUUUGGCUGAUAGAAUGGGUGCUAAUCCCCCCGUGGAGCCCCAAACGGAGCCAAUUCCAAGUGAGCAUAAAAAGAAGCAGAAGGGGGUCCAAAAAGAGGACGCCCAAGAAGCGCACCUUGUGUCGUUUCAGUACAAAGGGUCCUUACCAAAGGGGGAAAUAAACCAAGUGAGCAAAAUGGGUAGAGAUAAAAACAUAAAUAUAAUAGGGUGUUAUCUCUCCGCAGCAAACGACGAACAUUUGAUUGCUGUUCAAAUGAAGAAUGAGAAAAUUGAAAAUGUCCCCGGCGCGCAUUUCCUAGUGGAACGGUGUAAUAAGUACAAUAAGGAAGUUAACAACUCCUUCGUCCACAUUUUAAAUUCGAGGACAAAGCGGUACCUCGCUGUAGAUCUCCAAAACGGGAAGUUCCUCUUUACGAGCAAAUACGACGACGCUUUCUUUACAGACGAGCGUAAUGUGGAGCACCGGGUCUGCACCUACUUCCAGCUGCAGUCCGUAUCUGACCUGAUGAAGAGCGUCAUCGUCGAGGACCUGGUGGAGAGCUUGGCCGACGUGGUUAGCAGCGGUUGGCAGGGUUAG